GAAUGAAGUUCAUGCUUUGUGUUGUGUUGUUUUUCUGUUCGGUCCCUAAGGAGGGGCUUUGUUUAGAGAGAAACUCAAGUUUGGAUCCAGCCAAUGGAAUCGGACACGAAAUAACUUUGGCCGGAUUGGACAGCGUUAGCUUCAACUUAUUACAAUUACAUCUGAGAGAACAAGAACAUUUUCAAACCCUGGAAGCUGAAAUUGAAUCCAUUCACGACAGUUUCAAACAAAAUGGAGCAGUCAUAACAAAGCAAACAAACAUACUGACCAAUUUGAGCAUGGAGAUAAAAACAAUUUGCAGAUCUGAGUUUUUAAUGGAUCUUCUAAGUAUAAGGAAUAACGUAGAAAUGCUGUCAACGGAUAUUUCACUUCUACAAGCGGAUAUGAGUAAAAUGUACCGGAUAUUACGAACUUUGCCAACAACAGAAAUGCUUAACGUCCUGGUUCUUCAAUUACAAGCUCUUAAGAUGGGCGCUAAAGAUGAUAACGUACAGGUAACGAAAUUUUCCUUCAAAAAUAUACCGAAAUCGUGCUCAGAUGUUCAGCACCAUCAAACGAAAGUAUAUCGAAUCAAUCCGGAACCGAGGUUUAAGCAACCUUUUGAAGUUCUGUGCGACCAGGAAUACCAAAAUGGCGGUUGGACUGUCAUACAAAACCGAUUCGAAGGAUCCGUACAAUUCCUUCGGGGCUGGAAAGAAUACGAAGCUGGAUUCGGAGAUCUGGAAGGAGAGUUCUGGCUAGGGCUCGACAAAAUUCACCAGCUAACGUACGCCAAACCUCACGAGUUGCACAUUGUACUGGAGGACUUUGAAAACACCACGGUGGUUGCCAAAUACAGUCAUUUUCUAGUUGCCGGACCUGACGAUAAGUAUAGACUACGGAAGCUGGGCGAUUUCAGUGGCGAUGCUGGAGAUGGGUUGACCAGCACCUUGAAUCAACCAUUCAGUACCAUCGAUUCGGAUAACGAUUCUCAUGGCACUGUGAAUUGUGCCAGUGACUAUCAGGGAGCUUGGUGGUACGGAGCGUGUCACGAAAGCAAUCUCAACGGUUUGUACCACAAGGGAAAAACUGAAGUGUACGCAGCAACAAUGUGUUGGAGUAAGUUCAAAGGAUACUACUAUGGUUUGAAAAGCUCACGAAUGAUGAUACGUGCCACCAAGGUGCCAGAAUAAAAGAGCUUAUAUUUUUUAAGGUCGAAUAAAAACAACUUAUCAUGAAA